AUGAUAAGACAGAGAAACCCAAGAACUCAAAUUUCAAGUCCACGCCUUACAAAGAAAGCAAAACAAGAAGAGGAAGAAGACAUGAUUGCCAACUUACCAGACGAUGUUCUUAGCCACAUUCUCUCAUUGUUACCAACCAAACAUGCCGUGGCCACUACCGUGCUCUCCAAGAAAUGGACCAACCUAUGGACUUCUGCUUCCUUCUUCAAGCUCGACCUUGACGACAGACUACUACUGCGGCCCAAAAGCCUCACAUCGAUGCCUAAUCACGCGUCCUUAUUUGCCAACUUCGUGAACCACGUCCUUGGCCUCAUCAAUUUGCCAUGCGUACAAAAAAUCACAUUCUUUUGCUCCGACUCUUACGAUUUGAAUCUCAUAAAUUCUUGGUUGCUUGUUGCAUGCACAUCCAACGUUGUUGAGGUCGACAUCAGAAUUCCUUACACUCAAAAUCCUAUCGAAUUGCCUCAAAUCUUGUAUGCUAGUAGGUCGCUUCGGGUACUAAAACUAAAUGCGAAUAUAAGGCUGGAUUUUCCUCCAGAUUACGUGUGUUUUCCGAGCCUAAAGGUUCUUUGGAUAAAAGUUUAUAACCAAGAUGGUAUUACGUUUACGCAGAAGCUUUUCCAUAUCUGCUUUGUGCUUGAAGAUUUGUUCAUGGAGAGUGACAUAUUGAACAAGGAAAGGGAAGUGGUUUUCACGGUAAAAUCGAAUACACUUAAGAGGUUGAAAAUUGAAUGCUUGGUGCAUAGUUUCGACAUCGAGUAUAGCUUUGUGGUAGAUUGCCCAAACCUUGAGCACCUUGAUCUCUGCGAUGACUUCUUGGCCAAGUAUAAAAUCGAUAUGGAUUUGAAGGUACUUGAUGAUGCAAAGAUUUGUAUUGGACUCCCUUCUGCAGAUUAUGGUGCCUUUGAACUUUAUUUCGAGGUAAAGCACUCUAACCGUGCUUUUGAGCUUCUUGAAGCACUCUCAAAUGUCAAGUCCUUAUCAUUGUCUGGAUGUACUACUGGGGCUGUCAGCUAUUCCUAUGAGACUGUGGAACACACUGAUUCUGAUGAAAAUGAAGAUGGAAUUGCACUACGGAUCCGCUUGAGAAAUUUCAUGCUCAAAUUUCCUUUCCUUAGGCGUUUGGAGCUGGGUUUCCGCACCAGUGAGAGUUGGAACACAUUGACCUUAUUGCUACAUAGCUCGCCUAAUCUGCAGCAUCUUAUCUUGAGAAAGGAACUAAAUGGAUACUCUGUUGGUUAUAAAAGAUUUUCUUAUGGAAUGCCCAAAGGAUCGGUGCCGGAAUGUUUGUUGCGUCACCUUAAAGAAAUGGAGAUUUGGGGAUUUGAGGGGGUGAAAUAUGACUUGCCAAUGGUAGAGUUCUUUUUGGGGAAUGCAGAAGUCUUGCAAAAGAUGAAAAUUUAUGUCCACAAAUUAUCAUCAGAUGAAGAGAUUAUGCUCAGCGAGCAUGUGUUGGAAAUUCCAAAAGUUUCAGAAGCAUGUCAAGUGGAGAUCAAAUAUGAAUAUUAA